GAAAAUAAGCAUCGGAGAAGAAACAUGUGAUUGAGAUUGAAGAGUUUAGACUAAAAUACCCAAAGUUGAGCUAAACGACAAACAAUUUUCCAUUUCUUUUCAUUUCUUUUCUGUCAUUGCUUUCAUGAUUUGGCUGCUUACUACACACUCCUUUCUUUUCAAGUCUCACCUUUUUCUCCACAAAAUUUUCCCGAGAAAACAAAAGAAAAUUAAACCCUCACACUUUCUUUCCUUUUAUUUCUUCCUUCAUCACUCUUAAAAACAUGCUUAACACUCAAAUUUGAACCCUAACCGAAACCAAACAAAACUACUUCACUUCACUAUCAUGGACGCGCGUCGAGCUCCACGCGCCGUCAUUGACCCUAAAGUUCGCAAAGUCGGAUUCUUCGCUCCACCGGAUCCGAUUCCGUUGAACAUCUCUCCUUCCGUCAAUUCUCUAUCUCCUGUCAUGAUCCCUCCGCCGCGACAUUCGUCGGAAAAUCUCAACAUCAAUACUCGCUACUCCGUCACUUCCCCUUCCGGCGAGGAAUCUAUCGCUAUCUCCAGCAGUUCGUCGGAGUUAUUUCCCCCUCCGAUUUCCCCUGCACCGUCAUCCAGAAUCGUUGCCGGAGAUGGAGGAGGAAUUGCAGCUUCCUCGUUUCCGCGCGGUGGAUUUGACGUGACGGCGGUGAAGGCUAGUAUCGGAGUUCCGGUGUGUAAAUUGACUACGGUUUCUGUAGUCAAUGCUGAUUCCCUUGCAAUUGACGAAAGAGAGAAAGCAGACAAAGGAGGAGGAUCUGCAAUGGAAGUGAAAGACCAAGCUAUGAAUUCAAAACAGAAGAAAGAGAAGUCCUCAAAAGCUGAAAGACGUGAUCUUCAAGAAGCUCAACGAGCUGCAAAGGCUGCUGUAAAAGCUGAAGGAAACAAGCCAUCUGGAUCUGUGACUUCAGUGAAUUUAAAAUCAGCUAAAGCUGCAAAGCCCCCACAAAAAGUUGAUAAUACUUCUAUUGCGGCUUCUGAGAAGAAGGGAGGUGAUCGUCCAUCAGAAAAGGAUAGGAAAAAAGAUGUUCCUCAUCCACGCUUGCAAUAUGAUGAUAAGAGUAGAGUGGAGAAAGCUAAGCGUCGUGCUGUGGUAAACCAAACUGAAGCCAGGAACAGAGUGGAACUAUUCAGACAUUUGCCACAGUAUGAACAUGGGAGUCAGCUUCCUGAUCUUGAGGCAAAGUUUUUCCAGAUUGAUCCUGUGCAUCCUUCCGUUUAUAAGGUUGGUUUGCAGUACCUGUCUGGAGAUAUAUCUGGUGGCAAUGCUCGUUGUAUUGCUAUGCUUCAAGCAUUUCAGGAUGCCAUCAAAGACUACGCAGUUCCACCUGAGAAGACCCUUGUGAGAGACUUGACAGCAAAAAUAAGUAGCUAUGUUUCAUUCCUUAUCGAGUGUCGACCUCUUUCAAUCAGUAUGGGAAAUGCAAUUAGAUUUCUCAAAAGUCGAAUCACAAAGCUACCUCCGACACUGUCUGAGUCAGAAUCAAAAACUUCUCUUCAAUCUGAUAUUGAACAUUUUAUAAAUGAGAAGAUUAUACUUGCCAACAAGGUGAUAGUAAAUCAUGCUGUCACAAAAAUAAGAGAUGGUGAUGUUCUUCUUACAUACGGGUCAUCGUCAGCAGUUGAAAUGAUACUGUUACAUGCACAUGAGUUAGGGAAACAGUUUCGAGUUGUAGUAGUAGACUCUCGUCCAAGGCUUCAAGGGAAAGUUUUGCUUCGAAGACUAGUGGAGAAAGGUCUUAGUUGUACAUACACUCAUGUAAAUGCUGUUUCCUACAUAAUGCAUGAAGUUACCCGAGUUUUUCUGGGUGCUUCAUCAGUGUUGUCUAAUGGAACAGUUUAUUCAGGAGUUGGGACUGCAUGUGUUGCAAUGGUUGCUCAUGUGUACCAUGUCCCUGUUAUAGUUUGUUGCGAGGCUUAUAAAUUUCAUGAAAGGGUCCAGCUUGAUUCAAUAUGCUCCAAUGAACUUGGUGAUCCAGAUGUCAUUUCAAAGGUUCCUGGUAGAGAGGAUGUUAACCUCUUAGAUGCUUGGGCCAAUACUGAAAAUCUGCAACUUCUAAAUCUGAUGUAUGAUGCAACACCUUCAGAUUAUGUUUCAAUGAUAGUUACAGAUUAUGGCAUGAUCCCUCCCACAAGUGUUCCUGUAGUUGUAAGGGAAUAUAGCAGAGAACAGGUGUGGAUGUAAACUUUGCAAAUGUGGAUUAGACUCAAUUUUGCGUGCAUGCGAAAUCGCUGUUUAACUACCCAGCAGCAAUAAAAUCAGUGAAUGUUGUUGUAAUGCAUUUUUCUUAUCUUUGAAUAAUGUAAGGUAAUAGGUGGGACUCUUUGUACUUCUAAAAUUUGGACAUUUGUCUGUAUUUUCCUGUCGCAGUGAAGAGUGCGAAUUGUCGCCUCUCCAGACAGAUUUUGGCCAUGCAUUCUUCAGGUUUAGCUGCUCUUUUUUUCUUAGUGCUAUCCCAAUUUUGAUUAGUUAUUUAUUUAGUCAAUCAUGAUAGUUAGAUAUAUAAUUCAUGAAAAGAUAUUAUAGCAUUUUUUGAUCUAUGCAUCAAAAGUUUUGUUGUUGUGUUCU